GCUGAGGAGAGACAAGAAGUUAAACUUAGCGAAAGAUUUGGUAACAAUCAGACAUCACACUACUAAAAAAAAAGGGAUUUUUCGACCAAAUAAUUUCGACCUCACUUUUUGGUGGAAAAAAAUCGACCACACGAGGUCAAAAUUUCCAAAUUAGUUUUUUUUUUUUUAAUUUUCUUUAGGAUUUUGACCACAUGGGGUCGUUUUUUUACGGGAAAAUAUGAUUUCGACCUCAUGAGCUCGAUUUUGUUUUUGUACAAAUAAUAAAUGAAAAAAAUCAUUUUGCACAGAAGUAAAUUAUAUAAAUAUAAAAUAAUUAAUUAAAAAUUAAAAAAAAAAUCAAAUCUCGACCGCAUGAGGUCGAAAAAAUUAAUUCAAAUCUGGCUUAAUUUUUUCGACCACAUGCAGUCGAAAAAUUUCAAUAAAUAAUACACCCACACAGGCCGGUGAAAAUAUUUCAUCUCCCCCCAAAACUUUCUCUUCUCUUUCAAAAAAAUUUACCCUUUCUAAACUCAUCUUCCUCAAAAUUCCCACCAACACUGGCGUUCUCCAAGUAGGCGACGCCAUCCAGUUAAACCACCGGAGUAGCCACCAGCCGCCGCCGACUGAACAGUGAGCUGGGUUAGUCCUUUUUUUUUUGGUUUUUGUUUUUCAAUCUCAUUUUAUCAUUAUUAGUUGCAUUACUUUGUAUAGUUGUAGUUUAAUUAGAAGAUUUGUUAACUUUAUUGAUUGUUCAAUGUUUGUUUUAGGUAUUAAAUGAUUUGGAUAAUAUUUCUUUGUUUGCUUUUUGGUAAAAGAUUCAAUCUGGUAUAUGAAAUUGACCCAUUUACUUGUUUGGAAAUGAAAUGGGUUCAAAUAGAGAUACACAGUUAAAUGAUUCAAAUCACCUCUCACAGGUAGAUGUAGUUGAUUGAAUGAUUAUAUAAUAUUUGUUUGCCUUUUGUUUUCAGUUGAAUAUAUUGUGAAAAAAAAAAUAUGGCUGAAGGAAGGGACAGAUUAUCCAGGCAAGAAGAUCCAAUAGAAGUUUACACUCGCAGACGCCGUCCACCACUACCACUGGAGCAGCCACCAGCCGCCGCCGACUGAACAGUGAGCUAGGUACUUGUCAGAAAUGUGUCACCAGAUGCUGAUGAGUCAGUGAGUGAGCUGGUAGAGCACUUCUUCAUGGUCAACCAUCAAGAUCAUUACUUAACUCAUCAGGUUGUAUACAAUGCCAACAAGUUGACAAAGCUAGUCAAUGAGAAGAAGAAAGAGCAGAAUUGGCUUGACUAUUAUCAACUCAAGUAUACUAGAAAUCAGUCCAAAAGGCCAACAUCAAAGACUGGUUUUCUGGGCUUAUGCGGCAAGACCGUUGAUGCGAUUGAUUUCAAUACUUCUGAAAUUGAAAAGCUCUCAAAAAAAAUAUCUGAUGAGAGAAUGAAUAUUAUUGGGAGCACCAAGUAUAUUAUGCCAGCAGCAUUUGUUUCUUUUAGAACAAGAUGGGCAGCUGCGGUUUGUGCACAAACACAACAAGCCAGAAAUCCAACAGUGUGGUUAACUGAGUGGGCUCCCGAGCCCCGUGAUGUCUACUGGGAUAAUUUGGCAAUUCCUUAUGUUUCACUAUCAAUCAGGAGGCUGUGGCAUUUUUCUUCCUUACCUUCUUUUUCAUGAUCCUGAUUGCAUUUGUACAGUCUCUUGCUAAUAUAGAGGGAAUAGAGAAAACAUUACCUUUCUUGAAAUCGUUAAUUGAAACGUGAGUCUCUUCUUCUUCGCAGAGUUUCCUCUCCAGUUCAUUUGAGACAACUUGACUGAUAUUGUUUUUGAAUACCAGGCUUUACAAAGCAAUAUUGCUCGUAGACGACCUUCCCAUGGUAGACGACGUAGGUCACAGGCCAACGUAGAUCAUGGUUUUGUGGAUGAGGAUAGUGAGGAGGAUUCAGAUCAUGUCUCUAACACCCAGCGUUGACUUUUUGAUUCGUAUACUUUUGGAUUCUAAUUUUGCUAUGUUUUCUUGGAUAUGGCUAUGAUAUUUAAGUGUUUGAAUGUAAUUUUAAUUCGAAUUAGAAGUACUUUGAAGGUGAAUUUGAUUGUAGAAUGUAGUUUAUGGUUGUUUAAGUUUAUGAUGUUUAAGUGUUUCAAUGUAGAUGUAAUUUGAAUUAGAAGUACUUUAAAUUGGAAUUUGAGGUUGAAUUUGAUUGUAGAAUGUUGUAGUUUAUGAUUGUAGAAGUACUUUGAUGAAUUGGAUGUGUUGAUGAAUUGCAUUGUUGAUUUGGUUGAUGAA